GAUCGAUGGAAGGAUGGCGGGUGUAUUUAUUGGGGAGUGGUGGUGCGCGCUGGCCACCUCCCUUUUUUCUUACGCUUUCGAAGCCUUCUGGAAUCGUUCACUCUUCCAUCGUCAGUCUUGAUCUUGCCGGCCUUCUACGCCUGCGUCCAUUCUUUUGCCCGAAUCAGUAUCAGUAUCAGUAAUCCGACGGAACACCGGAAACUAUAUUCUCACCAACCUGUCCCUCGGAUCACCGGAAAAACCAUAUUCUCACCAAAAUCCCUCGAAACGAACAGUAUUAUACAUACUAAAAGCCUACAAUGCGCUCGUUCGCCCUAUUCUCUCUGCUGUGCGCCGUAGCAGCCGCCACCGUCGUUGAAGGACCACCGGACGCCGCGAUAAUAUCGGUUGCGGAGGCAGUAGUUGUUCCUCCCCCGAACAAUGCGAUCGUCGAUAUCGCUGCGGCCUACGCCACCACGACUCUCGCGGGCUACGCAUCAGCAGUAGAAACACCACUGUCGACGCCAAUCCCGACGUCGAGCACAUACACGGGCUCGGAUCUGCCCAAACCCGAGACAUCGGUCCCGGUCACGGUCUACAAGACUGUAUCGGUUUCCGUGAGCUACACCACCACACUCACUGCCUCCGCGAACCCCUCCUCGCAAGCAACAUAUCCCGCGAGCGAUAUUCCCUCGUUGACGUGGUACAGCGCCGGCCCCUCGGCGUACCUCAACUCGACCACGCACUCCAACAGCACACUCUCUCACUCGCAGAGCGCCACCAAAACGUCGUUCAAGCCCGCGUCGCAGUCCAAGUCCAAGUCGGCAAAGCCCACCACCUUCUCGACACGCACCUACACCAGCGCGCACUACAACUCAACAGUGUCCUUCAGCACCCCCUCCUUUUCUCCCACGCCUUCCGUGCCGGCCGAGACCCCGUCAGCCUCAGCCUCAGCGACUGUCUACCCCGGCGGCCUCAGCGACCCCACGCUCGACACCCCCUGCUACAAUUCCAGCUGCGCCAAUCCCAGCAGCGACAUGAACUUCCAUGUCACCAUCACACCGGCCGAGCAGGAUAGUGGAGCGGGCACCCUAGGCGCCAGCCUACUGUGUGGCAUGGCAGCGGUUCUUCUCGGACUUGCGGUCGGAUUGUAGCGAUAACUAGAAUUGGGGGGUUUGCGGCUUGUUUAUUUAUCAUACUGUAAUCAGCGGGUCUAGCUGCCGGUCGGUCGGUUGGGUUGGGUUGGGGGAGUUAUCUACAUAUAAUUUUCGUACUUUGUUACAUAAGUACCUACAUAGAAGUUGCGCUGUCUGUCCGUCUGUCAAGUAUCUGUCUGUCCGUCUUUCCGUCUUUCGGUCGUUGUGUUGUUAAUAAUAAUGUGUAUGUGUCUACGUACUCGGCCGGUUGGUUUUGCGGGCGUGGGGCUCAGCAACAGUGCAACACUCACUAGCGGC